CAAAUGUUGAAAAUGGUGAUUUAUUAAAUUCCACUCAAGGUAUCACACAACAUCAAGCGACUGCUGCUUAUAAAUUAUUACAAAACGUAAGUUUACUUUUAGGAAAACAACAAGGACCAAAUAAUUCAAAAAAAAAUGCUAGCAUGCAAAAAAUUAUUUCCAACGGAACCGGUGAAGAAAAGGAAAUAGAGAAAAAACAAAAGGAUGAUGAAUCGUUUGACAUAUUAAAUAGAGUCACAGUUUCUUUCCAAGAUUGUAAUUAUGGAUUCACAGUUUCAGAUGAUAAAAUUUAUGGAAUUAAACGCAUAAAUGA